AUGCCGGACUCCUUGCGCGUCGCGCUGAAGAAUGACAGCGACCUCAACAACAUUCAUGCCUACGUGACCGGCAUAGCAAUCCAGCACGGCGGCCAGCUAUGUCUACUCAAAGCCAACGGCAAAGACCUGUACUUUCCCAAGGAUCCUCCUUCGAUAGGCUCGCCACUCAAGGAGGACUGCGCCAUACCGCUUGGACAACCUGGCAACACCACCGAGAUUACUGUCCCACAGAUUGCUGGUGGCCGCAUAUGGAUAGCCGUGGGCAAGCUCACUUUCCUCCUCAACCCAGGAAAUGCUUUGGUCGAGCCUAGUGUUCUCAAUCCCAGUGAUCCAAACCACGAUGUGGACUUUGGAUUCGCGGAGUUCACGUGCAACAGCUCCCAAUUGUAUGCGAACAUCUCGUACGUCGACUUUGUACCGAGGAUCCCAAUCGCCAUCAGCCUGAAGCGAGCUUCCGGUGAUGUUCAGUACGUCGCGGGAAUGCCACCUGACGGUCUGGACGACCUGGCUCAGGAUCUCCAAGCACAGGCGCAGGAGGACCACCAGCCGUGGGACAAGCUGAUAGUCAAGAGCGGUAGCCAAAAUAUCCGCAUUCUGAAUGCCACCCACGGUAACGCCGUCGGCGCCAGCUUCGAUGGCUACUUCGAGAAGCACAUCGACGAAGUGUGGCAGAAGUACAAGUCUGGAGCGAAGAUGAAGAUCAACACGCAAGCCGGACCAGGCGUAGUGGAAGGCCAUGUCAACAAGAAGGACGAGCUCGAGAUCGGAGGCGAGGUCUUCGGGAAGCCUACGACAGCAGACGUGCUCGGGUGCAACAGCGGUCCCUUUACGACAGGUCCCUCGCCAACUCGCAAUGCUAUCAUCCCUCGGCUUGCUGCAGCCUUUGUGCGGUCUUCACUGCUCGAUUCGCAAGACCAGCCUUCUCAACCGAGCACUUUCUAUCGAAGGGAUCCGACGAACCACUAUGCGAGACUCGUGCAUAAGCACAACCUGGACGGCAAAGGCUACGCUUUUGCUUAUGAUGAUGUGCAACCCGAUGAUGGGGACGAUCAAAGUGGGAAGGUGAAUGCAGGGGAUCCGACGCUGUUUACAGUGUCGGUUGGUGGUAAGAGUGCUGGCAAAGGCGCGAAUCACAGUUCUGCAUCGCAUCAUCGCCCUGUCCCGCACCCUGAGGAAGCAAAGCAUCACCAGCAGGCUAAUGAACCUGAUGCGCAGGAUCAUCAAAAGCACGAUGAAGGGUUGAGAGGGAAAGUCCAUGGACUUGCGAAACGGUUCAUGAGCUGA